UUCACGAGCAGGAUAUAAGCUGUGGAAUAGUGUAAGAAAGUUAUACCUACACGUCAAAAGAAUACCAGAAGUCAAGAUUAAAAUGCGACCCAGGAUUCACCUUGAACUUGUUACACGACACAAGAAAUAUUUGGAAGAAAAGAUACAAGUUCUGGAACCUGUCUUGGAAGUUAUGAAAAACGCUGUAGAAAAAAGUCAGACUUGGAUAGAAGAUAAAAAUGACAACCCGCCUCUCACGUACAUCGACCUUUGCCAAGAACUAGAGGAAGCUACAUUGAGUUUGUUGAAUGCGUCUACAUCUAUCAUAAAUGAUAAUAAAGACUACGUAGAUGUCGAGGGAUAUACGCCAUCAUUAUCUCAGUCAACACCACAGACUACAGCAGCAGAAAAACGUGACCAUAAUGAAUCAAAACAUCAAGUCACUAAACACGUUCAAUCAACAGCGGAAAUAUUGAGUCGCCUUGAGCAGAUAGAGACAGCCAUAUCUUCUCUACAAGACGUCAGUCGACUUGAGCAGAUAGAGACAGCUAUAUCUUCUCUACAAGACGUCAGUCGACUUGAGCAGAUAGAGACAGCCAUAUCUUCUCUACAAGAUGUCAAUGACAAGUCUACAGAUGACAUAUCAGAAAUAAAACAAUGGAGAGACAACUUUGUAACAGAACAGAGCGACAUGGGGGUAAACAUUGAACAACUGACUAAAAAACAAAAACAGAAUUUUAAAAAUCUCAGAAAACAAAUGAAUGAACAGGAUAACAAAGUAAAAGAGCUGAACAAAGAAACUGAAAGUUUAAGAGAACAAGAAUUCAUGUCAAACAAAACACUAGAGAAACUGUCUCUAAAUAUGAAAGAACAUGAAAACAACUUACACAAGAUAAAUAAAGAGUUACAAUUUCACACGGAUAAAACAGACAGUAAAACACAAGAAAUUAAAAGACUUUCUGAUGAGAUUGUUUCUUUAGAAGAGGAUUAUAAUAAAACCAUGGCAAAUGUAUCAACCAAAUUUGAGAAGUUACAGUUAAAGCACAAUGUGAUGUGCAAACUCCUUCAACAAAGAUUGAUGCCAUUUGACAGACUGAUUCAAAUCUUUAACCAGAACUUGGAAACUAGAGAAGAAAGAAUAAAUAAGCUGGAAACUAUGGAAAAUGUUAUGUCAAAGUUGACGAUGGAUUUCAAUGUAAUCGAGUCACGUGUAUGUAAGAGAUAUGCUUGCAUUGCACAGCUUGCUAAUCCCACACUUGUUAGUGAUAGAUCAAUUAUUUCAACAUUUAGUGAAGUACGUGAAUACAACGGUCAACAUUUUAACCAAACAACAGGAAAAUUUGUAUCACCACAUGAUGGUUUAUAUCUUGUCUGUGUAACUCUACAUGAAUGUGGCCAUAAACUCAUUGGAGUUACUGUGAUGGCUGGCGGCAGGUUGUGUGCAGUUAUAGAUGUUAAAUCUAAUAGAACUAGCGCUGCCGGGUCAGUGGUUGUCGACAUGAAGAAAGGGGAAGAACUUUUCUUUAAAGUGUAUGCAGCAGAUCCAGGCGCAAUGUUAUCCAGCUUCAGUAGUUUUACUAUCGUUAGUUUAUAGAUGAACAUCAUCAAACAUGGUGGUUGGGAAAUU